CUAGGGCUGAAAGGGAACUAAAAGUUCGUAUUCCUUACUCAGUACCGAAUCCUUAUUGAAUGAGGGACUAAUGAUUAGUAUAUCCUGAUAUUUACGUUCAAUAGUGCAUCUCGUGAUGUACUUGAUGGAAAGUAUAAGAAUGUCGCCAACAUCUGCAUCAACUCGAAAUUAUCACCACCAGAUACUCAGCCAAGCAUCACACGACGUAUUAAUACAGCAUAAUUUUAUAGUAUACUUACUGUCAUUCAAUCUUAAUACAUCGUCAAGAUGAAGUUCACCAGCGCUAUUCUCUUCGGUCUUGGCCUCGCCGCCAGCUCUUCCGCUCACCCUCUUGAAGGUCGCGAUGUCCAAGUCGCACACCUCACCUUCCACGGCGGUCCGGCUUCCUACGAACUUGCCGUGCCGGCUGACGGAACCGUAGUUCCUACUAACAACGACAUCUCGGUCAGCAUCAUCGAUGCGCCGGACUACAACGCCAUUAACCAAUGCACGUUCAAUACAGCGGGCGAAAAGGCGCUCGUUAGCAGCAUUGACACUCAGUCCGGCCUUCAGUCCAUCGUGGUAGGACCGCCGCAGCCCAUUAUUAGUGUUAGCUGCCAGGGCUCUUGCGUCCCGACCUACGGAGACUGCUUCUCCAAUGGUCAAUAUGAGGGACCGUGCUGCAAUGGUUUCUGCGCUGCUGAUAAGUGCCGCCCUUGGAACAUUACCAGCACUGUCCCCUGAAAGACGGGACUGUUAGAGUACUAAGGGAUUUCGCUUUUCUUGAUGAGAAAAAUUUAUGAGUUAGGUUGGAAAUGGGUAGGAAAAGGGUUGGGUUGGGUUUGGAUGAGGGUUUGAUUAGGUGUUCUUUUCGUUGUAUAUGAUAACAUAGCAAGUGAACACACCGAUUUUCGCACGACCUGCAAGCCUUAUUGGGAUAUAUGUGAAUGAAUCGUGUAUUAUCAUGGGCCUUUUGUAUAAUUAUAAUACAAUACCUACCUAGGUAGGUACGGGUCCGCUCGCUUAGUUCCGAUAGACUAAAAUAAGCCACGAGACUUAUGAGCGCACUAAAA